AUGAGGCGCAAGGCACUCAAGGUCGAGGGUCGGCGCCGCCCGCCGCCGCUGCGCAGCAGCAGCACUCGGGCGGCGCGCGCGGGUGGUGCCGCGAGGGAGGAGCUGCGGCAGGCGGUGGUGAACACGCUGGAGCGGAAGCUGUUCUACAUACCCUCCUUCAAGAUCUACCGCGGUGUCGCGGGGCUCUACGACUACGGUCCGCCCGGGUGCCGCGUCAAGGCCAACGUGCUUUCCUUCUGGUGCCAGCACUUCGUUUUGGAAGAGAACAUGUUGGAGGUGGACUGCCCCUGUGUGACGCCUGAGGUUGUCUUGAAGGCGUCAGGCCAUGUCGAGAAGUUUACUGACCUCAUGGUUAAAGACGAGAAGACAGGCACAUGCUACCGUGCUGACCACUUGUUGAAAGAUUUUUGCAAGGAGAAGCUUGAGAAAGACCUUGCCUUGCCCCAAGAGAAGGCUGAUGAAUUUAAGCGUAUUCUUGCCAUUUUGGAUGACUUCUCAGCAGAGGAACUUGGUGCAAAGAUUAAGGAAUACGGCAUUGUUGCCCCUGAUACAAAGAAUCCGCUUUCUGAUCCCUACCCGUUCAAUCUUAUGUUUCAGACAUCUAUUGGCCCCACUGGCCUUAGCGUGGGAGUUUGGAGUGGCAAUGAUUCUGUCGAAUGCAUAUUCCAAUAUGAGGUGAAUGAGAUGUUGGGCAGUUCUUGGCUACUACCAUAUGGGGCGAUUUCUGUUGGAGGUGGACAGAAGCAUGAUGCUACUAUAUCCUGCGUGGCCAAGGGAGGCAAACAACAUGGGCUGCAGUGGAACCCAACCUGUAUCCAAUGUUGGGGUAUUGGUUCAUGCAAACUGCUGAACGGGAGAAGUAGGAAAGCAAUCAGACUCUACACAGACAAGCGCUACAAUUCUCACGCGAACCAAAUCACACAAACUUAUUACCACAUAGGAGUCAAGUUGGGAGUGCACGCAUCACAGCACUACAAUUCUCAAGUGAACCAAAUUGCACAAACUUAUUACCACAUAGGAGUCAAAUUGGAAGUGCACGCAUCACAUAGAUAUUCACGUAUUGUACAGGGCACUGGAUAUGCCUACAUGGAAGGAAAUUAG